GACACUAAAGAGAGUUAUUACAAUAAAUAAUUUAAAAUUAAAUAAAUAUAAUAUAGUCUACAAUUAAAUAAAUACAAUUAAAUAAAUAAUAUUACAUACAAAUAUAUGUAACAUUGAGGUUAAAUAUCUGUCAGAAAUAUAUUAAAAAAAAAAAAUACAAUUACGUAUAUUUAUAUUUACAUACAUUCAUAUGUAAUAUACAUGGAUAAAUAGUGUGCCAUAUGGGAACGAAAAUGAUUAAAUAAAUCAAAACAAUAAUAACAAUAUAAGUCUGAAUCAUUUGGAGAUUAAGUCCCAUGCAUUUGAGAUAAAUAUUAAACUUACAUGACACUUGUAUUACUUAUAAAACAAUAUUUAAUAUUAUUUUAUAAUCUUUACACAAUUAAAAAGUUUUAGUAAUAUUGUUAAAUAUUUAUUUUAAUUUUUUAAAAUUGUGCUUAUUGUUAUUUUAAAUGAAGUUUUAUUAAAUAUUUAUUUUAUUGUUAAAGCAUUUAAUGAAACGCCCAUUAGAAUGAGUAUUUUAAAGAAGAGAUUAGUUGAUUUUGAGGAAAUUCUUCAUGAUGAAGAAAUAGAUUUAAUUAAUUUGCGUCGAUUAUGUUUUCAUGGAAUACCAGAUGAAGGAGGCUUAAGAUCGUUGUGUUGGAAAUUAUUAUUAAAUUAUUUGCCACUGACUAGACAAGACUGGUCAGAUGUACUCAAGCGUAAAAGAGAUUUAUAUAAUACAUUCAUUGAGGAUUUAAUAGUAACACCGGGUGAGGCAACAGCUGAUGGUGAUCGUGUUGAUGUAACAUUACAUGACCAUCCUUUAAAUUCAAAUCCUGGAAGUAAAUGGCAAACUUAUUUUAAAGAUAAUGAAGUUUUAUUACAAAUAGAUAAAGAUGUUAGACGUUUGUGCCCAGACAUAUCAUUCUUCCAACAAGGUACUGAUUAUCCUUGUCAAGCAAUAGUUAAUGCAAAUGGACCAAAACGUUUACAUUCACGUGUACAGUACACAGUACUUAGAAGUGCCAAUGUUGAAAGAAAAGGCUUAGGAGUUACUAAGAUUGCAGUGUCAGUAAGAAAAGCACCGGAAGACUAUGCACCGUUAGCUGAAGGUGGUGAAGCACACUGGGAAGUAUUGGAAAGAAUUUUAUUUCUUUAUGCUAAAUUAAAUCCUGGACAAGGAUAUGUUCAAGGAAUGAAUGAAAUCGUUGGUCCUAUUUAUCAUGCAUUUGCAUGCGAUCCAGAUCCUAAUUGGAGAGAACACGCAGAGGCAGAUACAUUUUUUUGUUUCACAAAUCUCAUGGGUGAAAUACGAGAUUUCUUCAUAAAAUCAUUGGAUGAAGCGGAAUUUGGUAUUAAUUCGAUGAUGAUUAAACUUAGUCAACAAGUUAAAAGCAAUGAUCAUGACGUUUAUUUACGAUUACAACAACAAGAUUUAUGUCCACAAUAUUACAGUUUUAGAUGGUUAACUUUGUUGUUGUCUCAAGAAUUUCCACUGCCAGAUGUUAUGAGAAUUUGGGACUCACUUUUUGCUGAUGAAAAAAGAUUCAGCUUUUUGAUACAUAUUUGCUGUGCUAUGAUAUUAUUACUGAAAGAUCAAUUAUUAGAUAACGAUUUUGCUACAAAUGUCAAAUUACUUCAGAAUUUUCCUUCAAUGGAUAUUCAAAUAGUGCUCACUAAAGCAGCUUCAUUGGCGGGUAAAAAUCUAAAUACUCCUUAGAUAGUUUAACAAAUGAAUUUUUGUUUCUUUUAAUUAAACUUUUGAUGUACUAGGUAAUUUUAUUUUUAACUACUAAAUUAUAAACAACUUUACAAAAAUUUUAUUCUAUACUUUUGGAUACUUUAGCAACUAAAAAUAAAACUUUUUUACAACAAAAUUAAUAAGAUAAAUUUAAACAUCAAAAUUUAUCAGUAGGACAGCUAUAAUAAAUUUUUUACUCAGGGUAUUAAUUAGACAGUCUAAUUAUUAAAUUAAUUGUCUAAAAAAAAAAAUUUCUGUACAUAAAUGAAAAUAGAUUCUUUGACAACUAAAGUAAUAAUUGUAUAAUAAUUAAAUGAAAACAUAAAUUAAAAAUGUAUUAAGCGCAAAUAUUAUUAUCACUUCUCA